AGAGGGUUGGCGGCGCGGCGGCCCGCCCCGGCGCCCCAUUGGCGGCCGCGGCUCCUCAGCGCGGCGGCGGCCGGUCCCGCUGUGCCGGGGGCGGCAUGGCGGCGCCCGUAGCCCCGCGCCCGCGGGCCGGAGCCGGCGGCCGAGCGCCCAGGGGCGGCGGCGGCGGCCGGGUCAUGUAGAAGAGCGGCUCUGAUGUGAAGAUGGGACUGCUGGUGUUCAUGCGGAACCUGCUGCUAGCCCUCUGCCUCUUCCUGGUCCUGGGGUUCCUGUAUUACUCGGCGUGGAAGCUGCACCUUCUCAGAUGGGAGGAUUCAAAUUCAGUCGUUCUUUCCUUUGACUCCGUUGGACAUACAAUAGGCUCAGGAAGGAGAGAGAGAAAAACUGUGGCUCUUGUGCUCCCGCUGUCCGUCCCAUCUCAUCUUGCUGCAGACCCAGGAAAAGACAGAGCCCAGAAAGAACUCAAAGAAACAAUGGCAGCUCCAGUCCCAGCCAUUCCUAAAUAUGACAAACUGGGCUUUCUCCUGAACCUGGACUCAAAAUUGCCUCCAGAAUUGGCAUCCAAGUAUGCAAAUUUCUCUGAGGGAGCGUGCAAGCCUGGUUAUGCAUCGGCGCUCAUGACUGUCAUCUUCCCAAAGUUCUCCAAGCCGGCACCAAUGUUCUUGGAUGAUUCCUUCAGGAAAUGGGCACGUAUCAGGGACUUUGUACCUCCCUUUGGAAUUAAAGGACAAGAUAAUCUGAUCAAAGCCAUCCUGUCAGCAACCAAAGAUUACCGCCUAACUCCAGCUCUUGACAGUCUCAGCUGUCGACGAUGUAUUAUUGUGGGAAAUGGUGGAGUACUUGCAAAUAAAUCGUUGGGGUUAAAAAUUGAUGACUAUGAUGUUGUUGUCAGGCUGAACUCGGCUCCGGUAAAGGGCUUUGAAAAAGACGUGGGUGGCAAGACAACUCUCCGGAUCACAUAUCCUGAAGGUGCAAUCCAGAAAAUGGAGCAGUAUGAGAAGGAUUCACUGUUUGUUCUGGCAGGAUUCAAAUGGCAGGAUUUCAAGUGGCUGAAAUACAUUGUUUAUAAGGAGAAAGUGAGUGCCUCUGAUGGCUUUUGGAAGUCAGUCGCAACCCGUGUCCCAAGAGAGCCUCAUGAGAUACGUAUCCUGAAUCCCUACUUCAUCCAAGAGGCAGCUUUCACCUUCAUUGGACUGCCUUUCAACAACGGCCUGAUGGGCAGAGGGAACAUCCCCACCUUGGGAAGUGUAGCAAUAACCAUGGCACUCCACAACUGUGAUGAGGUGGCGGUAGCUGGAUUUGGCUAUGACAUGAACUCACCGAACGCACCACUGCACUACUAUGAGAACAUCAAGAUGUCGGCCAUCAAAGAGUCCUGGACACAUAACAUCCAGCGGGAGAAGGAGUUCCUGCGGAAGCUGGUGAAAGCCCGAGUCAUCACUGACCUAACCAGUGGGAUUUGAGUGGCUGCAGCCACUGCCUCAAAGGGAGGAGAGGAAGACACACGCUGCAGCUCUGGGAGCAGGCACUGGCAGCCCUCUGCAAGAAUCCCACCUCACUGGAGACACGCAGAGAUGCCCAGGUGCUCUGGGACGGCCCUCUCGCAUUGCCAGGCUGCACAAGGGUUGCAUCUGCUGCCUCCAGUCCUAGAGCUGGCAGGAGGUGGGCAUGGGACUGAGUGGGCAGUUCCUGAACUCUGCAUAGCAGACGGCUCUUCUGUGUCUAGAAUUAAAUGGGAAAGACUCAGGAGAGAGAAGAGAGGUUUGUGAACAAAACAAUUUGUGCCAAAUGGGAGGUGGUGCUGCCCUGACGCAGCAAUGCCUGAAUGUACAAAGUAUUAUUUUUUAAAAGAAACUCUGCUGGAAUCAUACUAGAAAUACCAAGGUGCAAAGCGAAGUCUGCUUGUGCACAGCCCUGCGAAAAGCUCGGCCUCUCCACGCUCCAUCUACAUUGUCAGUGGCCUCAGGCCUUUCCCCAGGAAAACAAAUCCGUCCAAAACUUCAGUGUUGUUGGUGCUGCUAUAAUUUAAAGGGAGAAUGGCUUUCCCUCAUUCUCCACUCGGAGCUUCUGGUUGGGGAUGAGCAUGGGUUUGUUUUUCUGCACUUUUCCUUGCUUCCUGCAUAGAGGCAGCAGCAGCAACCACUUAUUUGGCUGCAUUUUCCAUAGCCAUUGCUCUGCCCUGACUCUGUCCUGACCCUAACAUGGAGCAGGGAGCCAGUGGCUUUCUCUGCCUGCAGCAGACCCUCUCUGCCUUCCGGCUUGUCACUGCGUGGAGGAGCCUGCCUCGUUGUGCUCAAGGCUUUCAGGCCUUUUGAUUUGUGCCUGCUGUGCAGGACCCUUGUGGAGUCCAUGCAGGUUGGUGUCACCAUUUCUCGACAGCAUCUCGCUUUAUUUUUGUGUGGGAGAGGAGUAAUCUUUUUUUUUUGGAAGGAGGUCAGAUCUAGCUUGGAGAUCUGAAGCUUUACAGUGUUUGAGAGCAGGCAGCCGAAGACAUGUUUGUUUCACAUUUCCGACUCCAUCGUGUUCGCUAUUUAAGUGACUCGUGACCUCAGUGAUGAUGGAGCGUGCUGGCAGGGGUUGAGGGCCUGCUGGCAUCUGCUUGGCCCCUGCUCACUUCAUUUCCAAGCUCCUCCCGUGCUGCUCUAGCACUGCUGCUCCUCCUGCUCUCAGGAGCGUUUCCCUUCCUUUGCUGUCUUGAUCCCGAGAUGCAGUAUUUGCACAUUUGAUUUGUAUACCUACUUCAGAGGAGCUGGAAUAAACUGAGCAACGCGGCCGAGUGUGAGGAUGGUGGGGUGGCCUUAUCUGUCCGGAGAGUGUGGGCAGGACGGGGACUGCCAGGGGAAUGGUUACAGGUGGAAAUGCACUCCCGCUCUCAUCUAGCCUGGGAGGGGCUAGACUGCACCCGCAGAGGGGCAGCACAGACUCCGUGCCCCAAGCCGAGUUCCUGUGUGUUGAGGCACGGCGUGCAGCCAGGCCCUGGUGGGGUCAGUGGAAGAGGUCUCCAGGAGGGAUGUUAGUGGGGCUCAUGGUUGUGGCGCUGUAUCUGAGGUUCUCCAGAGGAUUGCAGUCUGCCUUGCUCUGAGCUGGGGGGAGAACUUAGCCCUCACAUAGAUAAAUGGGGGAAGGAUGCUCAGAGCUGGGCUCCCCUGGGUUCCCCCAGGCCAUCUGUGCCCCCGCUGUCUUGCAGUGGGUCGUGGCUUCUGGGCUGAGACCCCAUAGGGGAUGCGUAGGAUGGGACAAGCAAUGCUCCCUGUCUGGUAGUCUGGGCAUAGCUCAAAGAUCCUGCCUCUUCCAGGCCCCAGAAGACAAAGAGAUGCUGGGAGGUUUGCCUUUGCCCUUGCCCCCCAUCCCAACCCUGCCCCAGGGGCUCUGUCUGUCUGUCUAAGCCAGGCAGUCCCUGCUCCCCCCCGGGACUUGCCUGCUCUGGCAGUUCCUCCCCCGGGAUGCUCUGUGGGCUUUCCUGCACGCUGGGCCGGUGCCAUGACCUGCACUCGUUUGAAUAUUCUCCCCCAAUUUUUUUUCCUGCUCGAGGGACUGGCUUUCCAUGGAUCUUGCCAGGUGAUGCUCCCUCUGCGGUCCCUGCGUGCCGAGGCCCUGCCAAGGUGGCAGGGGGAGCCUGGGCUGGAGGUUGUUGCCAAGGGCAGGGUGGGCACUGUUCUCCGUCUUGGCGCUUGAAUUGGGCUUUUAACCAGCCACUGCAGGAGCCCUGGGGUGGUGAUGGGGGUGAUGGGCAGUGUCCACACGCCGUGUUGAGCUGAGACACCAGAGAACCGGACAGCCACUGCAGGGAGGAGGAGGAGGGCGAGGAAGAGCCUUCGGUGUCAGUGCUGGGCCCCUCUCCACCCCUCGGAGGAGCAGAGAUGUGGUGCUGGUCAGGAGGGGAAUCUGUGAUUGCCCUCCUGCUCGUUGUCACAGAUGGUGCAGCACAGAGCGACCAACCGUCUCUUGGGCAGCCACCUCUGUGGCCAUCCCAGCUGAGCACCUAGACUGGGGACCUGGGCUAGACUGGGACCUUUUGUCCCAGGAUCUUGUGGGCCUGGGAUUAGCUGCAGGGGAUGCAUCCCCCCACGGAGGCUUGCAGUGGCAUUACAUUUAAUUUUGUCCCUUUUAUUCAACGCUACAACGUUGUGGGGCACCUUUAUCCUCUGCCUCACGCCCCUGCUCUGCCUUCACUGCCAUUGCAGCUCCCACCACACUCGGGGCCGGGUCCCGGUGGGAAACUCUCCCUGUGGACCAGGGAGGUGACUCCAGUGGGGGUCUCUAGGCAGAAGCACCCGGGCUGUUUAGAUAAGUCCGUGGCCUAGGGUGACUGUGGUGGGUCAGGACCCCAUCUGCAGGCAGAAGGUGAGAGGAUGGGGAGUGCACGUCGCUCCCCGCUGCUCGCUGUCCCCAUGUGCCUUCAGCUGAGGGCUCUCGGUGGGGCCAGUGGUGGGGCCUGAUGGGGCAAGUGCCCCUGAGGAGCAGCCGCGGCCAGGCCCUGGGGGUGCUGCUGGCGCAUGCCCUGGCCCUGCUGGUUCUCCCUCCCCUAUGUCUCCUUCCCUGCGUGCACCUGCAGCCCCGCCAGCCGGAGCGGUGCGCACGGGUCAGGGCAGGGUCAGUGGGACGGAUGUGAGGCUUGGCCUCUCCCUGCCGUGACUCACCUUUUCAUCUCAGGAGGGAGAGCCCAGGGGAAUUCUCCACGGCCUAAAUAUAGAGCGGGGUUGCCUGAUGCCUCUGACGCGCUGCUACGCAGAAGGGCCGUUUGGGUGGCAGAGAACCUGCCUGGAGAGCGGCUGGGGAGGUCGGGGUGGGCAGAGCCCUGCGCUGAGGGGGAGCCAGGCAUGGGGCGCUGCUGCGGGCUCUUGCUCCUGCCUGGGUGGAGAGCAGGUCUGGGGGUGCUCUGGCCCCCAGGGAUGCCGGCAUGUGCCGGCCUGGGUGAGAGGGGCUGCAGGGGAGCUGCCACAGCGCUGGCUGCAGCAUGAGUGGUGCCACCAGGCUGCUGAAGUGCUUGGGGCAUGCAGCCCUCCCCAGUGCCGCUGCCCCAGCAUCGGGGUCCCCCACCAGCUCGCCCCAGGACAGGUCUGGCUGUGCUGUGGCCUAAAGCUUACAUGUGCCAAAUGGAGGCAGCAGGGAAGGCCCCGCCGCUGCCCUGCAUCCCCCAGCCCAGCACUCCUCGCUCCAACGUCCCUCUGCCCAGCACGUCUUGGUCUGGCACCUCUGGGCUUCCAGGGACUCCUUUCUCCUGGGGGAGAGCAGCAGGGAAGGCAGGAGGCCCUGCCCCGUCGUGCUGCUGUGCCCCUCCACGCGGGCACUGGUGGGAGAAGGGGAAGGUGCCAUGCCAGGGCUGGCUGGCUGUCCGUCUGUGCGUAUCUACCUGGUGGUGUUGGAAGCUCUUCUGCAGCCAGCGGGCAGCCCGGGCACAGGCAGCGCCUGGGACAGGCAAGGGCUUCCAGGCUGCCGGGCAGGGAGGCGCGUGGCACGCGGCACCCGCUGGAUCCCCCGGCCCCAGCACGGCGCAGUCAGUUGGCGCGCAUGUCACGCGAGCAAUACAAAGUGUUCCCGACACUUCCUUCAGCGUGGGCAACCCAGGCACCUGCCCGGCUCCUCUGGGCACUGGGUCCCUCCACAGCCUCCCGUCUCGCACAGGGACUUGCUUCGAAGGCCAGUGAGCUCGCCGGUACUGUAUGAAGCUGAGAUGCAAGAACUCGAUGAGUUUUUUUUUUUUAAUUAGUUUUAGUUUCUGCAUUUUUUUUAAUUUCCCCUCUAGGCAGGGAGGGCAGGAGUCUCGUGGGCUCCUCCAGGCUGGCUUAUGUCACAUCAGUUCAGUCAUAUCACAGAAGCAAUAAAGCUAUCAAACAAG